AUGCUACAACCUUGAUUAAAAAAAUUGGAGAAAUGAGAUCGGAGUUAAUUCAUGAACACGAGGAGGCUGAUGUGAUGCUAAGAUCUUUGGACAAUCAUCUUCAAGAGGUGCAUAGAUCGGUCAAGAUUAUUAAAGACAAACAAGAGCUAGCAGAUACUCAGAAAGAUCUAGCGAAACUUCAACUUGUGCAAAAAGAAUCAUUUUCGUCGUCUCACUCUCAACAUGGUGGGGAUUGUGUCGUCACUCUUGUCACUGUCAAGGCGAAUCAGAUUAGAGUGAGAUUGUGAGAACGUUAUUAUAAUACUGAGAAAAGCGGAAAGCUUCGUAUGAUCCAACAUUGUUAAAGGGUUUUUUUUCUUCUUCUCUCCUUGUGAAUUUGGAUCGAAAAGAAAUGUCAACUGGAGAA